AUGAUUAUAGGUUCUUUACAUAUUAGAGGGGGCGCGAAUGCGUUAAAAAGAAGGAGGGUAGAAGCUUUGAUUAAAAAGGGAAAUGCAGAUAUUUUCAUGAUUCAAGAGACAAAGAUUACUUCUUUGAAGGACGAUGUGGCGAGGAGUUUUUGGAAUUUUUCGGAGAUUGGUUUUUCUUUCUCUAAUUCGAUAGUGGAAAUUGUUCAUAGUUUUAAAGGAGAAGGCUUUUUGGGCAUUAAAGUUGCUUGGAAGGGUCAUUUUUAUUAUGUUGCUAAUGUUUACUCAUCUUGCGAGUUGGUAAAGAAGAGAGCAUCGUGGGAGGAAUUAUUAAGGUUGAAGGAUAUCUUUAUCGAUGGGGAGUGGAUCAUAGGAGGAGACUUUAAUGCGGUUAAGGAUAGAAGGGAGAGGAAAGGAAGAUCGGGGGUCGUGAAUAACAUAGAAAUGGACUUGUUUGCGGAUUUCAUUAACAAAUAUUUUUUGGUGGAUGUUCCUUGUAAGGGGAAGAAAUUCUCGUGGUAUAGUGGUGAUGGAAAGUCGAUGAGUAGAAUUGAUAGGUUCCUUGUGGCGAACAACAUGGUGAAUAGAUGGGGUGUGAUUGGGAAAUUAAUUGGUAAUAGGGAUAUUUCUGAUCAUUGCCCAAUAUGGUUGGUGGUGGAUGACAUGAAUUGGGGUCCGAAACCUUUUAGAUUUAAUAAUCAAUGGUUUUCUCAUGAAGCUUUUAUGCCGUUUGUGAAGAAGGAGUGGUUGAAUUUGAUAGUUUAUGGGAGGGGGGAUUUUGUCCUUAAAGAGAAGCUCGGGCUUCUAAAGGAAAAGUUGAGAGUGUGGAAUAAGGAAGUUUUUGGAAGGUAUGAUUUGGAGGUGGAGGAAGGGGUGCGGGAAUUGAAUAUAGUCGAUGGUAGAUUGAAGGUGGAUUCCAAGGAUUUGCAUGUUGAUAAUUUAGAGAAAAGAAAGGAAGUGACUAGUCGGAUUUGGAGGAACUUGAGAAUUAAAGAAAACAUGCUUCUUCAAAAAUCUAGGUUGAGAUGGAUGAAUGAGGGUGAUACAAAUAGUGGUUUUUUUUUUAUAAAGUCAUGA